UCCCUUAUCUCUCUUUGGGUUCCCAGGGGGAGACGUCUUCAACCAGUUUCGUUUCGUUUUUUUCUCUCUCGGCUCUCAGACGACAAGAUCAUUCUUCAGAAAAGAAAUUUUUUUUUUUUUAUCGAUAAUGGCGGACGUGUACUGCUCCGACUGCAAGAAAAACACGGAGGUGGUAUUUGAUCACUCUGCCGGCGAUACUGUUUGUUCCGAAUGCGGUCUCGUUCUCGAAGCGCACUCCAUCGAUGAGACUUCCGAGUGGAGAACCUUCGCUAAUGAGUCCGGCGACAAUGAUCCUGUUCGUGUCGGUGGUCCUGCUAACCCUCUUCUUACCGACGGUGGUCUCUCUACUGUUAUCUCUAAGCCCAACGGUGCUUCUGGUGACUUCCUCUCUUCUUCCCUCGGUCGAUGGCAGAAUCGCGGUUCGAACCCUGAUCGAUCUUUGAUCGUCGCCUUCAAGACUAUCGCCACCAUGUCCGACAGACUGGGCCUUGUGGCGACAAUUAAGGACCGGGCAAAUGAGAUAUACAAGAAGGUGGAAGAUCAAAAAUCUAUUAAAGGAAGAAAUCAGGAUGCAAUUUUGGCUGCUUGCCUGUAUAUUGCUUGUCGCCAAGAAGACAAGCCUCGCACUGUAAAGGAAAUUUGCUCCGUUGCCAAUGGUGCCACAAAGAAAGAAAUUGGCCGGGCAAAAGAGUACAUUGUGAAGCUCCUGGAGGUAGAGAUGGGUCAAUCAAUGGAGAUGGGAACUAUUCAUGCUGGAGAUUUUCUGAGGCGUUUUUGUUCUCAUCUGGGCAUGAAUAAUCAAGCUGUUAAAGCUGCCCAAGAAGCUGUUCAAAAGUCCGAAGAGCUGGACAUCAGGAGAAGCCCCAUUUCAGUGGCAGCAGCUGUUAUUUACAUGAUUACUCAGCUCUCAGAUGAUAAGAAGCUUCUUAGAGAUAUUUCGCUUGCAACUGGCGUAGCGGAGGGCACCAUUAGAAAUUCAUAUAAAGACCUUUAUCCAUAUGCUUCCCGGUUGAUACCCAACUGGGAAAGAGAAGCAUCAAAAUAGAGAGAAUGUGUCAUGUAGUGUCUAAUUCUCCCGAAACCUCUUCAGCAGCAUCAUUCUACUCUGAUAUCUCUAAGGUAUGGAGUUUGAUUUGGAAAUUAAACAUUUAUUCAGAGUUUUGCUUAUUUUUGUGGAAACUUUUGCAGGGAGGUAUUCUCACUCAGGACAGUUUAUAGCAAUUGGUGGCUGUUGUGUUUUUUGCUCUUUAGAAAAGAAAACUGAAUGGCACCUUUUUAUCUCGGCCUUUUUCAAAAUGAAUUUGGGCAGUGGGUCUGUAGGAAUGAGAACUGAAUAUCUCACUGUUAUUCUAUCUUUGAUCUGUUAAUCAAUAUAUCUACUUCACCUAUUUUUUUCCCUCAGAUAUUUAUUUAUUUUUGUCAAUAAUUUUCUCUUACAUGUUACUUUCUUUGGAGUGCUGGGAAUGUUAGUGUGGCAAAUUAUUGUUAGCCUAAACUUAUGCAAAUUCUCAAAAAUAUUGAUUGAUGGGUAGCUGAACUCAAGCUUUUUCCUUUUCAACAUUUUUCACCGGAGGUUCCCAGAUCCAACUUGUUUCUGUCCAAAAAAGGAUUUACUUAGCUAUAUUAGCUAUAAUAGAUGAGGACUUUCUUAUUGAUCUGUGGUGGGAGUUUCAAAAUGAUUUAAGUCAAGCUGGAUGGACAUUUGUCAUUAUCUCUCAAAAUCUAUUUUUAUCUCUCUAUGGAUUAUGGUUAUGUAGGGAAUGCUGAAGAAGCAGAGGCAAGAGGGAUGUUUCUAGGGUUAGAACAAGCAAGAUCUUUGGAGCCAUAAUCACAGACGUUUGGACAAAUUGUCUACAGCUACAAAAUUGGAUGCAAGAUGAUUGUGUUAAAAUGGCCAUGAGAGAUUGGGAGCUGUUUCACCUUCUUUUAGAUAUAAAAUCCAUGAAAAAGCUAUUCCCGGAAUGUAAUGUUUUGAAACAAUAUAUAAACAUAUGCUUAGCUCAUAAUUUGUUGAAUAGAGUUAGGAAUGAAAAGCAUAGAAUGGUUGUAACUGAGAAUGUGGGCUCUUUUUUUUUUAUUUAAUUCAGCUUUUGAGACUGGAAA